CGCGGUGCAGUUCUUGGCGAUAGGCAUGGGCAGACGCUCCUCGUACCGCUCUGCAUUGCUAUUGUUCUCUUCGAUCGCCGCGGCCGCCUGACGUGCCGGCGCGGACGGGGGUAGAAGAUGAAGGACAAUGUCGCGGCGGCGGUGCCCCGGCUGCUGGCUCCCCACCAGGUCGAGAUGUUCUCGCAUUACGUCGCUAAUCAAAUCGGUUUCGAGGAUCCAAAUCAGUGCCCCCACCUUUGCACAAUGGCCUACGACUACCUGAAGAAGAGCCAGGGCUACGAGCAGAAUCUACUCGCCUUCUUCCAUAACAACAUGAACCCGGACGCCCUGCUCGUGAAGCUGAUCGAGGAGCUGGACAGAUGCAUACUCGGCUACUUCUCCUUCCACUGGAAGUGUGCGACCCACGUGAUCACGCAGGUUCUGACAGCAGAGCAACCUAGAAGAAAGCUCAGGAGCUUGGUGUUGGAAGCCACUAGGAAGAUGAGGUUCGAGAGGGUGACGAGAGAGCUGAAGGUGACGAGGCUCUUCUCGACUCUGAUGGAGGAGCUCAAGGUGAUCGGGAUAAGCUGCCACGACAACCAGCCGCGCUGCCCCACCACGGAGGUGAUGGUCCCGGCGGCGCAAGGCAACCGCAGCCCGGUGCUGCUCCUGAUGGGCGGCGGCAUGGGCGCCGGCAAGAGCACCGUGCUCAAGCAGAUCAUGAAGGAGGUGUUCUGGUCGGGCGCGGCGGCGAACGCGGUGGUGGUGGAGGCGGACGCGUUCAAGGAGUCGGACGUCAUCUACCAGGCCAUCAGCUCCCGCGGCCACCACAACGACAUGCUGCAGACCGCCGAGCUGGUGCACCAGUCGUCGACGGACGCGGCGGCGUCGGUGCUGGUGACGGCGCUGAACGAGGGGCGGGACGUGAUCAUGGACGGCACGCUGUCGUGGGAGCCGUUCGUGCUGCAGACGGUGGCCAUGGCGCGGUCGGUGCACCAGCAGCGGUACCGCAUGGGGGCCGGGUACAAGGUGGCCGCCGACGGGACGACGACCGAGCAGUACUGGGAGGCCGUGGAGGACGAGGAGGGGUUCGGGCCCUGCUGCAGGAUGAAGCCCUACCGCAUCGAGCUCGUGGGCAUCAUCUGCGACGCCUACCUCGCCGUCAUCAGAGGGAUCAGGCGGGCCAUCAUCUCCGGGAGGGCUGUGCGGGUGAACUCGCAGCUCAGGUCUCACAAGCGGUUCGCCGCCGCCUUCCGGAGGUACUGCGACCUCGUCGACAACGCCAGGCUCUACAGCACCAACGCCAUCGGCGGCGGAAAGCUGAUAGCGUGGAAGGACGGGGACAGCAGGCUGCUGGUGGACGUGGAGGAGAUCGAGCUGCUGGACCGGGUGAGCAGCAUCAACGAGGAGGCCGACUGCGUGCACGAGCUGUACCAGAACGGCCACCCCACCGGCGGAGCGGGGUCGGUGUGGGAGGACCUGGUGGCGUCGCCGGUGAGGGCGUCCAUCCAGCGGGAGCUCAAGGCGGCCAUCCUCGACAGCGAGGCCUGCUUCCCGUCCCCGUAGGCCGUAGCCACGCGCGGAGCUGCUGGCCUGCUCGUACAGCAUUUUUCUUUUAGCCAUUCCGUGCAGCAUAUUUUUCCAAGAGUUUUGUUUUGGUAAAAUUUGUGAACCUAGCUGUAAACUUGUAAUUAGGUUGGUUAAUACCCUUGUGAGGCAAAUUAUUAUGGAAUAAGAGAUGGAUCAAGUGCGC